AUGUCCACCAAGGCAGGCUUCACGACCUACCCGCGCAUGACUGCGCCGUCCAAGAUCCCCGACCCGCUCGCGCCCAACCGCCCCCUCUUCCCCCUCCUCCCGCACCCCGAAGAGACGGCCCCGCCAGCGCCGCCGCGCCCGGAGCUCGCCCCGCCCCCCGCGGGAUGGACGCGGAGCUACCACGCUGCGCCGGCCGCGUAUCCCAAGGAGCUUGCCGAGGCGCACGGCACGCUGUCGCGCGACAGCACGCCGUACAAGACCGCCGAGGCCAAGGCCGGCGAGACCAAGGAGGAGAAGGCGGCGCGGUUCACCGCCGACGCGAUAAAUAGCGUUGAGAUGCGCUACGCCGUGCAUAACUGGACGUAUGCCGAGGUGCAGGCCGCGCUGCCGCGCGGCCACUGGCUCGCUGCUGAGCGCUGGCGGCGCGACAAGCCCACUGGCCGCGGCAAGGUGCUCGUGUGUACGCACGCUAAUGGGCUGCAGAAGGAGCACUGGCACGUCGCGCUGCGCGCACUUCUCGCUCGCGAUCCUACGACGCCAGGCGCUGUCUUCGGCACCGCCGCGGAGCUGCCGCCAACUAGCGUGGAGAUCGAUGACAUCUGGCUGCUCGACGACGCCAACCAUGCCGCGAGCGUGGACCUGAACGCCGGCCGGCUCGGCGCCGUACAGGCGUGGCGCGACGACUCGCGCGACGUGCUCAACUUCGUCACGCACGUCCUGCCGAACGUGUAUGCUGGCGAGGGACGGCCGGGAUGGCAGCUCGGAUGGUCGGCCAACCCAGCCCCGAUGCCCAAGGUCGUGGGCAUCGGACACAGCUUCGGCGGCAACGCGCUCGUGCAGGCCGCCGCGGCGCGCCCCGAUCUCUUUGAGUCCCUCUUCCUCGUCGACCCCAUGGUGCCGCCGCAUUACGUCCCGUACGACCGGUGGCUCAAAGAGCGGCUGGCGGUGUACGCGCUGAGCGCGGGCGCGAUCCGGCGGCGCACGCACUGGCCGAGCCGCGCCGACGCGGCCAAGGCCAUGCGCGCCCAGCCCUUCUUUGCGGCAUGGGACAAGGAAGUGUUCGAUCUUUACGUCGCACACGGCCUCGUGCCUGUCGACUACAGCAAGCCUGAGGGCGAGGUCACGCUCGCCACGCCCAGCUGGUGCGAGGCUGCCGUGUUCACCGAGCCCGAGGGCGUCGCGCACGGCUGGAUGGCUCUGUCGAAGCUCACGUGUCCCGUCGGCUUCGUCAUGGCUAAUGUCCCGGUCGCGACGUACGGCGAGGAGCGGACGCGCGACAUGGUCUGGCGUCCGCCGCGCGCGCGCAACGAGCGCUUUCCUGACGCGGGGCAUCUGAUCACGCAAGAGAAGCCGCACAAGCUGGCUGAGAGCAUGUGGCGCUUCUUCACAACGAUCGAUGCUGGUGUAUGGGACAAGGAUGACGACCGGGCGAAGCUGUAG